AUGCCGUUCGUGCACAUCGCCUGGCUCCCGAAGACGGCGCGUAACGCCGAGGUCCGGAAAGAGGUCGCAAAGGCGGUGAUAAACGCGCUCGUAAACGUAAAGUCGGCGGAGAUUUCGCCCGAUAAGGUUGUCGUGCGCUUCAGCGAAGCCGUCGACGGGUUCGCGUUGCCCGCGGGACACACGCACGAGAGCGUGGAGAAGAAAUAA